UAUCCAACAUGGCAGAUGGCUGGUGAGGUCCGUGUGUUUCAUUGUGCUGUUUAAACGGCAUAGUUCGUGCUUCAAGAACGUGGAGGUGCCCUCCAAAAAGAAAAAAUGAUCUCUUCAAUAGUGUCACGCUUAGUCAUACUCGUCUUCGGAACGCUGUACCCGGCCUAUGCAUCCUACAAAGCCGUCCGCACCAAGAACGUCAGGGAAUAUGUGAAGUGGAUGAUGUACUGGAUUGUAUUUGCCCUGUUCAGCUGUGCCGAAACUUUCACUGACGUCUUCCUGAGUUUCUGGUUUCCAUUUUAUUAUGAGAUCAAGAUCCUGUUGGUUCUGUGGCUGCUCUCACCUGCCACUAAGGGAUCCAGUAUACUGUACCGCAAAUUUGUGCAUCCAAUGCUCAGCAGGCGUGAGCAGGACAUAGAUGAGUACAUAGCCAAAGCAAAAGAACAAGGAUACCAUACAGUACUUCAUCUUGGGACGAAGGGUGUCAACUAUGCUACAACAGUCAUAAUGCAGACUGCCAUCAAGGGUGGCGGUGGUCUUGUGCAGCAAUUGAGACGCAGUUACAGUCUGGGUGAUCUGAGCUCAGAUGUUGAUGGUGACAGCAACAGUGGAAGAAAGGCACUACCAGAGGCUCAGGAUAGGAACAGAGAUCGAGAAAGGGUUGCGUCAGGUGGAGAUGGUAGACAUCAUCGACCUAGAGGCCAUAGCCCUCGACGUUCUGCAUCUGGGUCAGGAAGGGUUGAAAUGUAUUUUCCAGAAGUGGAUGUUGAUGUGAGAGGAGCAUCUGUUAGAGAACCAAGUGUGCCGCUGAGCCAUAUCCGAUCGUCGGAGGAUGUUAGCUCAGGCUAUUCAUCUGCUGAACCCCUGUACCAGCACGGCAGCAUCAGUGGAGGGCAGCAUGGUGAAAGUCGUCCUGAUAGCUUAGCGAGUAGUCGUGAGCCACUUGUUCGGACUGCUUCCGUGGGUGGAUCUUCACGGUCUGCCCGCACACGAUCUUCUCGUGGUGGUGGUGGAACUGUUACAAAAAAGGGAUCUUCACCUGGGGUUCCUGAGGCCAGUGAAGAAUGUAGCCUCGGAGAAAACGACGACCUAGAAAUGAGUUCUCUUUCUCCUUCCCAUUCUCGUUCCCGUUCCAAUUCCCUGCCAAUGUCAGCUGACCUCCUACGACCUGAGUUAGUCGCCCUCCUACAAGCAUUAAAUGCUGAACUUGAGCAGAAAGUUUCCAUGAGCAAACUGUCAGAGAUUAAAGUUUCAGAAGCGGUAAAACAAAAUGAAAAACCAGAAGAUUCUUUUCACUUAGCUGAAGGAGAAAUAAUGGAGUCUAUACACAGAACUGAGUCAUCUUCCAUUUUAGAAUUGGCUGGAACUAAGGAAAUGUCAGAUAUCAAACAAGUAUCGGGCUCUGCUACUCUUCCUCGGAGCAAGAAAACUGGAAAAAGAAAACUACAGUGAACUUAGGUUCUCCACAAUAGGCAUCUCAAGAUGAUUUUGUCCAAUGAGGAGGUUGAGCAGCCAACAAGAGUAUUACACUCCAAAGUCAUAGAAUGCUGUUAGAUGUUCCUGCUGUCUUUGAUCCUGCUAGUCAUUCAGUGAAAUUCCACUGCCGUGACAGGGCAACAGAAAUUCAAUUUCUGAUUUCAUUGGAAGUAAUGACUAUGUUGUUUAUGUACAUACUGUGAUUGAGCUGGAACAUGUGGUACUAAAAAAAAAUUAGACUUCUUUUUGGCAGCUAGGAGCUAAUGUUCACCAGGAAAGCUUUAUUCCGAAUGGAAAAAUAAAAUGCACACUUUAAAAUUAAAAUAUGUUGUUCCUGAUUUUAUAUUCUAAAUUUGUUGUAUAUUGCUGUUGAUUAUAGCUUGACUCUGCUGUCAGAUACUACGAAUAGAUUUGUAAGAAGAAGCUUUAACAAGGUUAAAUUAUUGUCCUUUGUUGAAUUUCUAUCUGUCCAAUGAUGUUUUACAUUCCUUCCCCAAGAGAAGAACUGGUAUACUGAAGACAAAAGCUACUGCUUCCCUGUUGUUAGACAAAAUUUUUAUGGAGGUAUUGCACUGCAUAAUUGUUGAUUCUUGAGACUGAACAGUUUUGCCCAGACUGCAUGAACUGUACUUCUUUUUUUAUACAGCAGUUUACAUUCUUCUGUGUCAGUAGAAGUAGAAAUUAACAAUGUUGUUGUUGAUAAUGCUAGUCUAAAAAUUUCUAUAUACUUCAUGUUACUGAACUGAUACAAUUGUACGAGAUGUGUUUUGAUUGACGUGUGAUGUUUAGAGACAAACAUGUCAGGAUAUGACUUGACAAUGUUGCUCAAUGGUUUUUACCAAGACAGAAAGUAAUGUGUGUGACAAAACAGCAAAUCUUUCACAGUAUAAAAUGUAUAUGUCGAAUAGUAUUGUACAUUUAUCAUUUUUUACGAGGAGGUGAAAAAAUAUGUAAUGCUGAAUGUUAUUGGUCUCAGUUAUGAUUAAUAUUUAUCUGAAUUCACUUAUAAUUUAACUUAUUUGAUCUGAAAUUAUCUAAUAAACACUGUAAUGCA